CUCCGAAUCCCUUCGCCGUCCUGGGUCACAGCAGAGCUCGGAGCCGCCUGUAAGACGCUCUGACGGCCUGUGCAGGUUUUGGUGUUCCUAAGAGCCAUACCAUGAACACCUCCCCUGGCACAGUGGGCAGUGACCCCGUCAUCUUGGCCACUGCAGGCUAUGACCACACCGUGCGUUUCUGGCAGGCCCACAGCGGGAUCUGCACCCGCACCGUGCAGCAUCAGGACUCUCAGGUGAACGCGUUGGAGAUCACACCAGACCGCAGCAUGAUUGCUGCUGCAGGUUACCAGCACAUCCGCAUGUAUGAUCUCAACUCCAAUAAUCCCAACCCCAUCAUCAGCUAUGAUGGUGUCAACAAGAACAUUGCAUCUGUGGGCUUCCAUGAGGACGGCCGCUGGAUGUACACGGGUGGGGAGGACUGCACAGCCAGAAUAUGGGACCUCAGGUCCCGGAAUCUGCAGUGUCAGCGGAUCUUCCAGGUGAAUGCGCCCAUUAACUGUGUGUGCCUGCACCCCAACCAGGCGGAGCUUAUCGUGGGUGACCAGAGUGGAGCUAUUCAUAUCUGGGACUUGAAAACAGAUCACAAUGAGCAGCUAAUCCCCGAGCCUGAGGUCUCCAUCACAUCUGCCCACAUCGACCCCGAUGCCAGCUACAUGGCAGCAGUCAAUAGCACUGGAAACUGCUAUGUCUGGAAUCUGACGGGGGGCAUUGGUGACGAGGUGACUCAGCUCAUCCCCAAGACCAAGAUUCCUGCCCACACACGCUACGCCCUGCAGUGCCGCUUUAGCCCUGAUUCCACGCUCCUUGCCACCUGUUCAGCUGACCAGACUUGCAAGAUUUGGAGGACAUCCAACUUUUCCCUGAUGACAGAGCUGAGCAUCAGAAGUGGCAACCCUGGAGAGUCAUCUCGGGGCUGGAUGUGGGGCUGCGCCUUCUCAGGGGAUUCCCAGUACAUCGUCACUGCCUCUUCUGAUAACCUGGCCCGGCUCUGGUGUGUGGAGACGGGAGAGAUCAAGAGGGAGUACGGUGGCCACCAAAAGGCUGUUGUCUGCUUGGCCUUCAAUGACAGCGUGCUGGGCUAGCCUGUGCCCCUCAGGACUGCAGGCAACCAUCUGACAGCUAGGACUGCCUAGUGCACAUGGUACUGGCUGGAUGGACCUGCACAGCACCAGGUCAGAGUGAAACCCCCAGGCUAGCUUCUGCCAGCCCCAGCUAACCAGACCUGACUGGGCUCCCCUGGCUCCCCCGGCCAGUCUAAGCCUACUAGGCCAUCUGCCAUGGGGCUUUCUCAGCCCCCAGUUGCUUACCUGUACGUAACAGGGCUCAGGAGGCCACCGGAACCAGGCUGCAUGAGAUGGGCUAGGAUAGCCUACGUUCCCUUGAGAAAGUCUUAGACCCCAGGGCCUGGAGCUGCUAAAGCAGGGUCUGGGGCUGGUACCCCCUAAGCCAGUGCUAUCCUCUCUUCUCCCCUCUCCACCCACUUCAGGUCCUGAGGCCACAAGAGAACACCGCCACAGCCAUGUGGAAGGGUUUAUUAGUCUCUGCUACCUCCAUGGUGCUGGUGACCCAGCCAGCCUGCUAGACUGGGGAAUAGGAGCUGGGCUGGGCCAGGUCAGGGGGCUUAGUCUGGGAGGUAAUAAAAGCAGACCGACACGCA